GUUCUUGUUAGGAUAGCAAAAUGAAUUAGAAUUAGAAACGGAUUCUCGAAUAUUAUCUCGUUUCCUUCCCUAUCUCUAAUCUUUAUCCCUCUCUCCAAUUCACUGCCCUGUUCUUCGACAAUGGCCGCUCUUCAGAGUUCAUUCACCUCGCUCAAUCUCGGCACCACUUCCUUCCUCGGACAACGCGUCUCCACCUCCCACUUGUAGACAAGGAGAGAUUGGUGGCGGACGAGGAGAUUCGAAGGCGAGCAACGGUGGCUGAGGGAGAAGGCUCCUCUACAGGACUCCACAAAGUGAAGCGGCUUAGAGACAAGUUCGUUGGUUCGAGCGCUUUGCUGGGCCACGCAAUCUCGACGUGGGUCGAUGAUUUCAUGAGUAUCCCUGUGGAGCUCCUUGACGAAGGUUGUUUCCGCGUGGGGAGUCAAAUUGGCCGAAAAUUGUUGGGGAUUCCUGAGGAAGAGGAGGUUGGAGUUGACGAAAUAACAACAACAUUGACCCAAGCAAGGGAGGACGAAGAGGAGUACAGUCCGGAAUGGAUUGAUGAGAUGGAGAAAAUGAUGGCGGCGUACGACAAAAAGAAGACCAUAACAACAAGCUUUAAAAGGCCAUCUUUUGUUUUAGACGGAUUUGAAUGCCCUGACCCGUUUGGCACACAACAAACCCAGGAGGCAUGCGUGAGCAUUGGAGGAGUUCAAGCUCCCAAACCUGAUGGCCGAGCAAGUUUUGCCCUGGAUGUGGAUCAGCCGGUAAAUGAAGAGUAUCAGGGAGGCGCGGCCAUGUCUCCUCCAGUAGGUGAUGUUGCGGGACUUGAAGUCCCAACUGAUGUGCUCACAUCAGUUGCAGCAACACACAUGGAGAUGGUUGGUGGCGUGUGUAUCCACGCUAGAGCAUCGGAGACUGGUGGAGUAAGGGAGAUGGUACACAAGCCAAGGGAGAUUACGAAAGGUGGAAUUGCUAAGGUGGGUAGAACAAGGGCAGCGAAGGCAAAACAGAAUGUAGAGGGGGCACAAAAGAGAGCCAAGAAACAUCCCCAGCCUAAGCAGACGGGGAUUAUCAUCGGUGGGGAAGGGACUGGUGCGAUCUGUGGGGAGGUGCCUAUACUUGCUGCCGUUGUGCGUGGGAAAGGAAAGUUGAAGGAGGUCCAGACAGAGGGUGCUGGAAUCGUGGGGGUGACGAACAUAGAAACAGCUCGGGUGAAAAAAGCAAGUUCGGCUUUGCGCUCACCUUUUAAUGAACGGGCUGUAAGAAUAACAACAAAGGCUAACAGCAAUGACAAGGAACUAUAUUUCUGGGCUCUUAGCACGACUGAGACGCAUGAGAAUAUCUGGGAUGCGAUUGUGUACGCGGACAACUACAAACAAACCGUGCAAAGUGAGUUCCUUUCGUUGGCACCUUUCAAGGCUGUCAACCCGGUAAUUAUAGACACAUAGUGCUCUUACUUGAAUAACAUGGAGAAGCUGAAGGCACCGGAAACUGCAUCCAGACUAUUUUUCUCCACAAGGACAUGUGCACAGUCAUUGCUAGACACACCUUCAGGAUGGGAUGAAGAUAGGCAAUUUGUUUCCUUCUGGACCAUCCUUUUCGAGGAAGCACUUGCAGCGGGAUACAUCCAGUGGGAGAAGCACGAUAUGUUCUUCUUCCCAAUUUGGGGUGAGAGACAUCAAUACGUGGUAUGUUUUGAUGUGCCGGAUGGUAAGAUGAAUAUAAUUGACCACACCCUGGCAGAACCUCACGUAUCGUUCAAUGACAAAUAUGGGAAAACACCCUCUAUGUUGCGAAAGUUCAUGGCGGAUGCAAUGGAUAAGUGUCACGAAUCAAGAAUGACCAAUCUGAUACGAAGCUGCACUAUGCAUGUAGUGACAAUGCCGUGGAGGAACAACGUGGUGACACUGGAGAAUGGUGUGUACAUCAUGCGCCACAUGGAAACAUACUUUGGAGAGAAAGAGAAGGGUUGGGAUUGAGGGCUGACCGCAAAGGGAACAAAGAGCCUAGAAAUGUUUAGAAUCAAGUUUGUAAGGACACUACUUACAUGUCCGCACAACACCCGAGGUGCCGCAAACCAAACUAAGGCAACGAAGUGUUGGAGGGAUAGACCUGCCAAGUUCAAUUUCGAACAGUGGGUCGAGAAUUAUGGGUUGUAGUGAGCGAUGGUUUCAGAUAUAGGUUGAUGGAGCCUACUAAUUUGAUUGAUUGCUAGGGUGGCUUUGCACUUUAUAACUUAACUUAUUUAGAACUUUUUAUAAUCUUGAUUAUACUGCACAAUGUUUUUUGAGAAUAUGCUUAUGAAUGUGAACUUACGAACUUUCAGCCGAA